AUGAAGGAUUCGUCCAUGGAGGAAAUCGAGAACGUCGGAACUGACCACCUCAAGAAUAAAAUUGAAGGUCUGGAAUAUGAAAACAACCAACUAAAGGAAAUGGUCCAGACUCAAAUGGCGGCGAUGGCUCAACGGAACAGCGAGAUCGAAUCACUUGUUAAUCUCGUCAAAGGAAUAUUAGUAGGUGAUGGCGCGGAUUCAAAAGGGGAAGACAAGAUGACCGCCAUCCGGGGGGAAGGCUGCGCCGACCGACUGAAGGAAGGAGACAGUAGCCCGAAAUGUGAUGCUGGACUGGAACUUCUCCGCGACUUGAUCUUCGAGAUGAGCCACGAGAUGGCGGGACUUCGAAUGCACAGGCCGCAAGUAAACGAAUUGUUUGGUCUGGCGAACGCAAGGGCCCACCAGAUCGAAGAACAAGUCGAACAAAUCAUCGAGCUCAAGGGGGAAGUUUCCCGACGAGAGAACUGGCUCGCGACAGCUAAUGAGAAGCUGGUAGUGUUGGAACGCGAGCUCGUGAACGAACAAAAGAAAACAGAAUUGUUGGAGAUGUGGGCUAGGAAGAAAGAUAACAAGAUCGAAUCUCUGACGUGUGAGGUACAGAGGCUUGUGAACGGAAAGACACAGAUUUCAGAGGAAGUGAAACAUUUGAGAGAGGAAUUGGCUGCGGCAAAUGUCAAGAUAGACAGACUUCAGGAGGACAAUUGCCAGAAGGAAAAACGAAUCUUGGAGGUAGAGAGACGAUUAGAAGACCUGGCAAACAAAUUCGAGGAGAGGAGCGCAAAGCUGAAGAUGGAGGGUCAGGAAGAGAGACUUAGAGAAGAGAGGCACUCAGGAACAGAACUGUGUAGGGAAAUAGAGGCUUAUAAACAACAGAUGAUUGCGGAACUCGAACAUUCAAAGAGACGCACGAAAGAGGCCUCUAAGGAAAAGCUAGAGACCAGUGCCACGCUCCGCCAAAGUUCAUUCGGAAAGGAAAUUGUAAUUGAGUUAGGAAGACUUAAGGAGCAACUGUGCUUUAGGAAGGAGUCGAAAACUCCACGUCUGGGAGGUCACGUAGAAAUGCUGGCGACUGAAGACCCGAAGCAAUUGAGGAGCUCUGGAGAAACAGAUAAGGCAAUUGACAUCACAGAAUGCUUCCAUGACAAAGACUUACAAGAGGUUCUGGGGUCAAAGGACCGGGGUAUGCAGAGUUUGAGUGAAGUAAUUGAUCACCUCUUGAUACUGCAGAGAACAGAGGAAAACGACGACGCAGCAGCUGUGGUGAAAAUGGUUGCCAAGCUACGAAAACAAAAGAAGAUCCUGGGGUUCAGCAAAGAAGACAUGGCCAAUAAAGCACAUAUUGACGUUCACAUCCAUGUCCUCAACAGAGCCCGAGGAAAGGAUGUCCAAACUCAGUUGGAUAAGAUUCUUGAAUGCAUGUGCCAACGCAUGUGCCAAUCACAACCUGCCACUGAGGACGUCAGUAUUCUGCAAAACACCAUCCUACCGGCACCUACCCAGGAGGAAAAAGACAGGUCAGAUGCAGCGAAAAUGGUUGCCGACCUUCGAAACCAAAAGAGGCUCCUGGGAUUCAUGAGGGAAGACAUGGCCAUGAAAGGACAUCUUGAUACUCACAUCCAUGUCCUUAACAGAGCACGAGGAAAAGAUAUUCAUACCACAAUGAAUAACAUUCUCGAGUGCAUGUGCCAAUCAAAACUUGCUGCUGAGGGUGACAAUAUUCUGGAGAGCAACAUCCUAUCAGCAGCUCCCCAGGAGGAAGAAGUCCUCUUUGAUCCAAAAUAUUCAACAGAUGAGCUUAUUUCCACUCAAGAGGAGGUCCUAACUACCAAACAAGAAACCUUAAGUAUUCCAAAGGAAGUCCUGGGAACAUCCAAAACAAUUAUCUCUUCAGAGGACUUCAUAUUCAUCUCAGAAGACCUCUGUCUCACUCCCCAGGCGGCCUCAAUUGUUCCAGAAGACCUCUGUCUCACUCCCCAGGCGGCCUCAAUUGUUCCAGAAGACCUCUGUCUCACUCCCCAGGCUGCCCCAAUUGUUCCAGAUGACCUCUGUCUCACUCCCCAGGCUGCCCCAAUUGUUCAAAAAGAGCUAUUCAUUACGAAACAAAGGGAUGCCUUCCAUGUCGAGGGAGCAGCCAUCAGUGGGGAUGAACAAGCACUCCAUAAUGAUAGGGAGGCCCUUAAUAUGGAGAGACUGGCUCAAAUUAGGGAGAAAGAAGCCUUUGCUUCAGAAAGAGAAGCCUUCUAUAGAGAAAAAGAAAUAUUUGAUGAGGGCAAGGAUGCCUUCCAAAGAGAGAUGGCAACUUUCUAUAGGGAAAAGGAAGAAUUUCAUAUGAAAAACGAAGCAGUAGAUAGGGAAAAGGAAGAAUUUCAUAUGAAAAAAGAGGCAGUAGAUAGGGAAAAGGAAGAAUUUCAUAUGGAAAAAGAAGCAUUAGAAAGGGAAAAGCAAGCAUUAGAUACGGAAAAGGAAAAAUUUCAUAUGGAAAAGGAAGUAUUAGAUAGGAAAAGGGAAGUAUUAGAUAGGGAAAAGGAAGCAUUAGAUAGGGAAAAGGAAGAAUUUGAUAAGGAAAACAAAGAAAGAGAGCACCAAUUACAGGAUUUCAAUAUGGAAAAGGAAACUUCAGAUAGGGAAAAGGAAGAAUUCCAUGAGGAAAAGGAAGCAUUAGAUAGGGAAAAGGAAGAAUUCCAUGUGGAAAAGGAAGCAUUAGAUAGGGAAAAGGAAGAAUUCCAUGUGGAAAAGGAAAGCAUUAGAUAG